ACGAGAGAGAGAGAGAGAGAGACGAUUCAUAACAUAACGCUGCUCAGUGCUCCUCCGCCCCGCAACCCGCAGCGAGUGUCUGUACUCCAUGUCCGGCAAUCACACCGACGCAACCGAAUUGGUCUUGUUACGUAGAUUGGUUCCCCGGAAUAUCGGAUUAUUCGUUGAAGUGUUUCGCUUUCUCGUACGCCGUGGUAAAACGGCUAGAUUUCUGCUAUGAAAAAUGUUAGAACCUGAUAAAGUUUCACAAGUAUUUUACCUUCUUGUUUGGUGAUUUGGUUGUUUUCAGGAUAUAUAUUUUUCUAUGGUAGGCAUAGGAUUCCGACAGGUCUGACUCGAUAUCUGUGGCUGGAAUCUGGAUCAGAUUACUGUGGCCGGAGACAAGUGGUGCUAGUUUUCGAUGUCCGUUAUUUUGGGUUUAAGUGGGACCUUAUUAGCUUCUUCUGCUCUGCUUCUUGUAUUUCCCCGGUAAGUAUUUCGAGUUUAACGGCGAUUUGAAUGGUCGUUGAAGCUCUGGUUUAUGUUAGAUUACUUGCCGGAGACAUAUCGGAAUUGGUAGGUGGAGAUAUCAGAGUUUCUAACCGGUAGAUAAGACUUAAGAGCUGAAAAGAAACCUUAGGAGGAUAGGUUACGUAUUGAAGUUCCUUUUCUAUUCUUCCGCUUGAAGAAAAAAACGAAAAAACAUCGAAUUCCAGAUUCUGCCGUAGCCUGUUUUUCUAAGAAUUCUAGAAUUUUGACAAACAUGCCUGUGGAGUUGGAGAAUACGUCCGCCGUUACUGUUUCUACAGCUUCAGCAGAAGCUAGUGCGUCUUCGUCUGGCAACCAAGCAGCUCCGCCGUCGACGACAAUAAAGAAAAAGCGCAAUCUUCCUGGAACUCCGGAUCCAGAAGCGGAGGUGAUCGCUCUGUCGCCAAAAACCCUAAUGGCAACGAAUAGAUUCGUGUGCGAGAUCUGCAAUAAGGGGUUCCAACGAGAUCAAAAUUUGCAACUUCACCGCCGAGGACACAAUCUUCCUUGGAAGCUCAGGCAGCGAUCGAGCAAGGAAGUUCGUAAGCGAGUGUAUGUCUGUCCCGAGACUUCAUGUGUUCAUCACGAUCCGUCAAGAGCUUUGGGCGAUCUUACGGGAAUAAAGAAGCAUUUCUGUAGGAAGCAUGGAGAGAAAAAAUGGAAAUGCGACAAGUGUUCGAAGAAAUACGCCGUCCAGUCCGAUUGGAAGGCGCAUUCGAAGACAUGCGGAACCAGAGAAUACAGAUGCGAUUGCGGAACUUUGUUUUCUAGGCGAGAUAGCUUUAUCACUCACAGGGCUUUCUGCGAUGCGUUGGCGGAGGAGAGCGCGAGAGCUCAGACGGUUCCCAAUUCGAAUUCGGAAGAGGAUCCUAAACUUCCGAUCGUCACUACUACGCCUCCUCCUGCUUCAUCUGCUGUAGUUUCUAUGGCUUUGCCAAUUCAAAAUCCAGAGUUGCCGGAAAAUUCGACCGGUAUUUUAAACCAUUCGUCACCGGCAACCUGCUUAAACGGAAACAGUAGCACCUCAAGCAGUAACGGCAGUAGCAGCAGUAGCGUAUUUGCAAGCCUAUUCGUUUCCACGGCUGCCCCAGGAAACUUGCAGCCGCAAACGUCAACCUUUUCAGAAUUAAUUUGUGCCAUGGCACGCUCGGAGCGUUCGACCUCCCUCUCGUCGGCGUCUGCUCUAGAGCCCACGUCGCUCUGUCUUUCAUCCAACAACGGCUCCUCACUCUUUGCUCAAACCGGGGCAGAGCGUCGGCAAUAUGCUCCACCUCCGCAACCGGCAAUGUCCGCCACCGCGCUGCUGCAGAAAGCAGCACAGAUGGGUGCUACCGCCAGUAAUGCGUCAUUGCUACGUGGGUUGGGUAUAACCGUAUCGUCUUCGUCCGGACAGCAAGAGAACUUGCGUUGGGAUCAAAGAAUGGAGGGAGAGGCGGCACCAUUGGCUGCUGGUCUUGGUCUUGGACUACCUAGCGAAGGAUCAAACGGGUUGACGGAAUUGAUGAUGGGCCAGUCAUCGAUGUUUGGGCCGAAGCCUACUACGCUCGAUCUUCUUGGGCUUGGUAUGGGUGGUGGCGGUAGUCCAACGGGUAGGCUCUCGACUCUGAUCACGUCGAUUGGUGAUGGGCUUGAUGUGGCAGCUGCGGCCGCGUCAUUCGGAGGUGGUGGGAAUUCGUCGGGGGAAACAUGGGAAGAAGCAUCAGAAAGGAAGACGAAUAGCCCCCCGACUGAAAAGCCACCGAAUGUACGAGGGAGAGAUAUCCUUUUUUAGACAUUUAUUUAUGUCUUUUUCUGAGGUUUUCUUCUCUCUCCAAUCGAGACAAAAUGGAGUAGAGUAGAUAUCGGGAGAAGAUUUUUUUUUUUAAUUUUCUUUUUUUGUUUCUCUUGAAUCAUCAAAUUUAAUUUAAUUUUGUGGGGUAGUGAAAUUUGAUAGGAUAGGGGAUUAGGAUGAGAGGAAGGUGUACAGGGAGGGAGUAGGGACUGCUGAUAGGAUGUCAGCUGUGUAAUGGAUGAUGCUACAAUGUUAGCAUUUAGCUUUUAGCUUUUUGAUAUUUGAAGGUCUAUUUGGCUUCUUUAAACUGAAUUUAAUUCUGGAA